AAAAAAAGAGAAGAAAAUCAUUUAACUAGGUUGGUGACCUGUAGGCUGUAGCUGUUUGGAUACAAACGACUUUUCUAACCUUUCUGCCGCCUCUUUAAAUUCUCUCUCUCUUUUCCAUUUUUAUGUAAAGGAGAAUUUUGAUCAAAGAUUUUAUAAACGAUAAAGCAGAUAGGAGAAACAAUAAGUCAGACAAAAACUAUUGUAGGAAUUCAAAGAUUGUUUGGUUACGUUAACAGGUCCAGCUCCUUGCUUCCUGCGAUUUGCUGCCUGAUGUUACGCUGUUCGACGCAUUAUUGUUUGCAAGUAUAAAAAAAUUUACGUUUUAAAUAGAAUUUAUAAGAAGCCCAGAAACGAGAAUGGAUGGGCUUUGUUUGAAAACCGGGAUUCAUGGGAUGGCACCGGCGAUCUCUGUGAGUGGGCCACUGGAAAGUAGGACCAACGCAACGCAAGUCAGUGUGGUGGGGCGGUCUUCGGUGGAUAACAUAUCGACAUCGUCGACGGCGACGGCGGCGGUGGUGCCUCCGCAGAAGACAGCGUUUUCCAGGUUCUCGUUUCGUUACCCCUUGAAAUCUUUGUGGCCCGGAGGUGGAAAUAACAAGAGGUACAACGGGUUGGCUGUGGACGACAGCGUUUUGGUGCAGAAUAAUAAUGGGUUGGCGAAAAAAGUAGAGGAGGAGAACGUGAAUGCUGGGGCAACGAUGGAAGGGGGAAAUGGGAAUUGGGUUUUGAAGAUUCUGCACGUGAAGUCGUUGUGGAGAGAAGAGGAAGUAGAAAGAAAGGGCGUCAAUGAAGGAGGAGAAACCGAAGAAGAAAACAACGGUAACGGCGUCGUAAAUGAGGAGGAAGAAAUCUGUGAAUUUUGUAGAGUUGAUGAUGAUGACGAAAAUGAAAAAAAGGAGAUUGAAAUUGAUAAAGAUUCGUUUUCCAAGUUGCUAAAAAGGGUGUCUUUAGCUGAGGCUAAGUUGUACGCUAAAAUGUCAUACCUUGGAAGCUUGGCUUAUGCGAUUCCAAAGAUUAAGCCUGAAAGUCUCCUAAAGUAUCGUGGUUUACGUUUGGUAACUUCAUCAAUAGAGAAGAGAGAAUUGGCAAUGAAAGCUGAGAAAAAUCAUGAACAAAUUGGUGUGUCCUCUGAAAAUCAAGAGGCACAAAGGAAUAAAAAGGAUGAUGCAGACAGCCAUGAGCAGAAAAAUAUUGGCUACAAGAUCAGUGCCUCUGCUGCUUAUCAGAUAGCUGCCUCUGCUGCUUCUUAUUUGCAUUCCCAUACAAGGACCAUACUUCCAUUUAGAUCAUCAAAUCCUGAAAGCAGUAAGGGUUCAUCCACAGAUGGCAGUGGAAGUGAAAGCAGUGCUGAUAUGAUAAACUCUGAUGUGGCCUCUUUAAUGGCAACCACAGACUCUGUGACUGCUGUGGUUGCUGCUAAGGAAGAAGUAAAGCAGGCUGUUGCAGAUGAUUUGAACUCAACACAUUCGUCACCUUGUGAGUGGUUUAUAUGCGACGACGAUCAGAGUGCUACAAGAUUCUUUGUAAUUCAGGGAUCCGAGUCAUUGGCAUCUUGGCAGGCAAAUCUACUUUUUGAGCCUAUUCAGUUUGAGGGACUGGAUGUUCUUGUGCAUAGAGGUAUAUAUGAGGCUGCCAAAGGCAUGUAUGAGCAAAUGCUGCCUGAAGUCCAUUCACACUUAAAAUCACAUGGCAAGCGUGCAACUUUCCGCUUCACAGGGCAUUCUCUUGGUGGCAGCUUGUCACUAUUGGUAAAUCUCAUGUUGCUGAUAAGAGGUGAAGUGCCAGCUUCUGCCUUACUUCCUGUUAUAAUGUUUGGAUCUCCAAGCAUCAUGUGUGGGGGCGAUCGUCUUCUUCGUAAACUGGGGUUGCCACAAAAUCAUGUUCAAGCCAUCACAAUGCACAGAGACAUUGUUCCCCGAGCCUUUUCUUGCAAUUAUCCUAAUCAUGUUGCAGAGCUUUUAAAGGCCCUUAAUGUAAACUUUCGCCACCAUCCUUGUCUCAAUAAUCAGAAGCAAUUGUAUGCUCCAAUGGGGCAACUUCUGAUUUUACAACCAGAUGAGAAAUUCUCUCCACAUCAUCAUCUCCUUCCUUCAGGAACUGGUCUAUAUUUGCUAAGCUGUCCAUUGUCAGAUGAUGAUAGUGAACAAAAGCUGCUCUGGGCUGCACAGAGAAUUUUCUUUAACUCACCACAUCCACUUGAGAUCUUAAGUGACCGUUCUGCAUAUGGUUCUGAAGGAACAAUCCAAAAAGAUCAUGACAUGAGGUCUUACUUGAAAUCUGUUCGAGGUGUGAUCCGUCAAGAGCUGAAUCGCAUCAGGAAGAGCAGGAGAGAGCACCGACACAAGUUCUGGUGGCCUCUGGUGUUACCUCGUAGCAUCAAUGCUGGUAUCAUUCUUGGUAGGUCCAUUGCAACAAUCAAUGUGGGCCAAGAACACUUCAACUUUGCUGGUGUUUUACAAACUGGGAGAGAGUCCUUGAAACGGUUCAGUAGGCUUGUUGCGUCACAGCACAUGCGUUUGCUGGUUGUGCUUUUGUUCCCUGCCAAGCUGUUACUCUUGGGCGCAUUCAGCGUAAUGAGUUUCCGCUGAUCAGCUUAUUUGGUUGGGCAUGUAGUGUUUCUUCCUAGGAAGUAUUAUCCAGGUGAAGGCACAUGGCAUGCGAAGGUUAGACGAUUCUUUAUUCAUUGAUUUAGAAAAGGAUAAUUGAAAACAAUUCAUGCUAUUUCUUUCUUAUCAUUUUUUUUAAUCAGAUGAAAGUGUCCAAUUGAUCUAUACAAAAAUAGAACAUUUGAUUAUGAAUGAUAGCAAAUGGAAAGAAAGAAAAAUAUUGAUCAUACUUUGAAU